AUGUCCAAACAAUCCUUUAUUUUCUUUGUCGUCGGCACAGUUAUCAGCGUUUUUGCUCUCAUUUCGACCCUCUGCUUUUACCGUAACCGCCGUAGGCGCAGAGCAAUCUCGCCAUACUCAACUCUCACAAGAGAUGGAAAAAUUGCGGUUAAUGAAAAAGGCGUCACUAUGCUCCCAGCCCGUGAUUUGCUAUUCCCAACACAAUCUCAUAACAAGGCUACAUACAAUUCAAAGGAUGCAGAUAUACCUACCUGGGAUCGCAAGACUCAAGUCGAAAGACAUAGCAGUGUCAGAUUACCAAAAAACGCAGUCAAGAAAUGGGGUAAUGAGAGAGAAAGCAAUAGAAACAGCAAAACAAAACAAUGGUUGGAGGGACUAGAACAACAACGCGAUCAGAGGAAACAAUGGCUUGAUGGAAUAGAACAAAAAAGAGAAGCACGUAAAUCAUGGAUUGUCAAUAUAUCUCCUCGAUCCACAGACGUAUCCGUCCUACCAAGCUCUCCAACCACUCGCGAGCAACGACGCUCAAAGCUGUUAUCGUCCCUCAAACAACGAGAAACGAAUCCAGAUGCCGAUAAAGGAGAAGUAAAGGAAACGAUGAGGAAUUCCAAUAGAAAAUCAUGGAACCCGGAGUUGGCAAGGAGGGAGAGCGGAAAGAGUUUAACACGAAGUCAAAGAAAGUCUUAUAGAGCUAGUAUGAUUGAAGGAGAUAAAAGAUUAGAAAGAGAGAUAAAUGGAAACGAAGAAGAUAAGGCGAUUGAAUCGGAAAGAGAAAGAGCAUAUGUCGCUCAGCCAGCUAAGAAGCAGACUCUGUUUGGUGAAGGUGGUGCUAUGUGGGAGACUGUAUUAGAAAGAGUGUAG